UUUCCGGUGCGAGGAGAAGGGGUCCUCUCAGGGAGUCGGAAGCGGGCAGCGUUCGCUGUGACGGGACGGACUGGACGGCGGCGGGCUGCGAGGGGCUGAGGCGGCAGGAUGUCUUCCGGUGCAUUGUUUCCAAGCCUGGUGCCUGGCUCCCGGGGCUCGUCCAGCAAGUACCUGGUAGAGUUCCGUGCAGGAAAGAUGUCUUUGAAAGGCAGUACUGUCACCCCAGACAAGAGGAAAGGUCUGGUAUACAUCCAGCAAACGGAUGAUUCUCUUAUUCACUUCUGUUGGAAGGACAGGACUUCUGGGAACGUAGAGGAUGACUUGAUUAUAUUUCCGGAUGACUGUGAAUUCAAGAGGGUGCCUCAGUGUACUACGGGCCGUGUGUACGUGCUGAAAUUCAAGGCUGGAUCUAAGCGACUCUUCUUUUGGAUGCAGGAGCCCAAGACAGAGAAAGACGAGGAGCACUGCCGUAAGGUGAAUGAGUAUCUCAACAACCCUCCCAUGCCUGGAGCUCUGGGGGGCAGCGGAAGUGGAGGCCACGAGCUCUCAGCCCUAGGAGGUGAGGGUGGCUUGCAAAGCCUCCUGGGAAACAUGAGCCACAACCAACUCAUGCAGCUGAUUGGACCAACAGGCCUUGGAGGACUUGGUGGGCUUGGUGCUCUGACAGGUCCUGGUCUGGCUAGUUUGCUGGGAAGUGGAGGCCCCCCAACUAGCAGCUCUUCCUCAAGCUCUCGCAGCCAGUCAGCCGCUGUGACACCAUCUUCCAGUACUUCAUCCACGCGGGUAACACCAGCUCCUACCGCUCCUGCAGCUGUCUCGGCUACCAGUCCCAGUCCUGCCCCAAGCUCAGGGAAUGGAACCAGCACAGCCACCAGCCCGACCCAGCCCAUUCAACUGAGUGACCUCCAGAACAUCUUAGCAACUAUGAAUGUACCCGCUGGAGCAGGAGUUGACCUGUCAAGUGUGCUAACCCCUGAGAUAAUGGCGCCAAUUCUGGCAAAUACUGAAGUUCAAGAACGCUUGCUGCCUUACCUUCCUUCAGGAGAAUCUCUGCCACAGACAGCAGAGGAGAUCCAGAACACGCUGACCUCCCCCCAGUUCCAGCAGGCGCUGAGCAUGUUCAGUGCUGCCUUGGCUUCUGGGCAGCUGGGACCCCUCAUGAGUCAAUUUGGCUUACCAACCGAAGCAGUCGAUGCAGCAAACAAAGGUGAUGUAGAAGCCUUUGCCAAAGCAAUGCAGAACAAUGUCAAAUCUGACCAAAAUGAUGGCGACUCGAAGGACAAGAAGGAUGAAGAGGAAGACAUGAGUUUAGAUUAGGCUUCUUGCUGUCUCUGUCUCAGGGGUACUCCUAGACGUUAACUUAAAGUACAAGAAGUAGGAUCACUAGCUAACUUGAUGUAUUAAAUCUACUAGUAAAGGAUCUCUCUGCCAAAAAA